AGAAUAUAAAUGAUCUCAACGCAAGUUUCAAGUUUCCUCACAUUGUUUGAUUAGAUUAUUGUUUAAGAAUUUGAUCUUCAUUGUUUUCAAUAUAUCUAAUUUCGAUAGCUUGGUUAGUUUCCGAUGUCUUAUCAUGCUUAGCUAAGCGAAAUCUGGCGGUUUGUUUACUUCACUGAAGGUCUUCUAACUACACUUGCAAAACUGGGAAACCAUGGAUUUGUUUUUGUAUAUCGUCUAGCUGGACCUAGUUGAAUUUAAGAAAAAGGUUUUAUAAAAAUACAGAGGAAAAUAACACAGAUCAUGUUCCGUGCUACUCUUUUUUUGUUAAGAAGCCCCUACCAUCUGCCAUUUUUAAUCUGAUACAAUGUUUACAGCUCGGUCAAUUUAACAUUUCUGUCUUUUUUGUCGUCUGUGGCCAGUCAGUGUCGAUAAAGGAACAGAAUAUAGCAGCCCUUGAUAAGGUGUUGUCUCUCAAUUUUCAUGACAGUUUCGGGGAUGUUCGGGUGAGGGGUUUAAUUAAAAUCUUAAAACAUUUACCUGCAGUGGAAACUAAGUACAGAUGGAACAACGCAAUCCCUUCAUAAUUGUCAUUAGUCUGCGAUUAGAGAAAAAAAAUCGUGAAUAAUAAAAGGCAAACGAAAGGAAAACGAAAAGCUUCAGUCGGAAAAAAAAAAAAUAGGGAAAGUGUUAUUUUGAUGGCCGUUUAGUUGCUAAUUAUUCAGCCGAAUUUUAAUUUACCUUGGUUGAUGCUGAGGUGUGUGAUCGUCUAUAAUGAUGAAUUUAUUUUCAAUUAUUUCUAGAUGGAGCUAGCUAGGCAAAUGAAAGGCUGCAAAUUAAUUAAUCAUUACUCGCGCUGUUGUUCUGUUCUUUGAACAAGACAAACGUACUCGACUGAACACUGACAAGUUGACAACAAUCCGAUAUCGAACGUAAAGUCUUCAUUCACAGCAUUUCAAAUCUCGUCUUUUUGUUCCUGUCCUCGUUUAGGAUAGCUCCUCUAAACGUGUGACCAUUUGCUCCGCGCGGCUUUGUUCAGGCGACGUUAAAUUCCUCAUUCGUCGAAAGGCUCGAAAGAGUAUUUGACGCGUAUUUUGCGCCCCUAAUUUCAAGUCUCCUUAUUACAUGAGGAAUAAUUCAUUAAAAUAUCACUUGUGAUCCUAUUAGCUCUAAGCUAGAUACCAGCUGUGCAUACGAUAAGCAGGUGAAAUUUUCGUACCUCCCACAAUUCAAAUAGCAACAUGGAGUGUUUGCCCUAAAAUGGCAACCGAUUCGAAUCCACAUUGAAGCGUUGACAGCACGACCGUGCUAACUGGCUCACGCCAAAAUAUCCUUCACGGCUACAUCCUUAGGAAAAUUUCUUUGGCUUACCAGUGUGCGAUAUUCUGUGGGUUAAUUCAAUGUUCCCCUUGUUAAUUAGGCAAAUCAUUUUCCAGUCCCAAGCCUUUCACGCCCGAGCGCAAUUUGGCGUCGGUCCGCGGCAGCCGACCAAUCACAAGGCGGCAAGCGGAAAACAGCAGCUCUUAGAGGCCUUUGUAUUAUAUUAUGACCAGUUGAUUGAAUAGUUAUUUGAUUUACAAACUUCAGGAUGAGCAAAGAAUACACUUCAGAAUUCAUUGUAUAAUUCCAUUAGCAAAAAAUAAUAGGCAGACUUUAAAUAUCGCCAUAAUUUGAUAUUUGUAGUCAGUCAUUUGUCCGCGCACCUCAUCGCAUCAACAUCGAGCACCGUUUUAGCAAACUAAUCUGCGUCAACACCAAUACUGUGAACCGGUCAUUUACUUAUGAUCAUGGAAAGUAACUUACAAGGGCAUCCUCAUCCUACAUUUUUUCAGUCGCCGUUCUACGCAAUGGUUUCUCCCCGUGGACAGAACCUCUCUAACGCUGCCAAUUUGCCGUACGCCACGGCCGAUACUUGCUGCAGUGUUCCCAGCUACCUGCCGGCUGCCUAUCACCACUCCUUCGCUGGUCGACCGUACGAAGUGCCUUGUGUGUAUCACCCAGCCUCCUACGUAGAUCCUCAGCUACAACUUGCGGCUUUUCAAGGCCAGAGAUUCUUAGAUCAUUUACGCCCUCACAAGCCCCGAAGAAUGCGAGUUCGGACAAACUUCAGCCCGUGGCAACUAGAGCAGCUCGAACGCGCGUUUGAGACGACCCAUUAUCCUGAUGUUUUCAUGCGCGAGGCUCUUGCCCUGAGAUUAGACCUCACGGAAGCCAGAGUCCAGGUAUGGUUUCAGAACCGUCGAGCAAAAUGGCGGAAGAGGGAGAAAGCGAAAGAUGGUGAAGAUGGGCAGAAAGAUUCAGAUAACAACGAGGAAACGGAGGCGAAUGAAGAAAAGAGGGAAACGGACGGAGAAGAACGAGAAUUGAGCGGCGAUAUGGUAAUUAAAAGAGAAAAAGACAGCGUGGAACACGAAGGACAAGAUACAGGAAAUGGAGAGAAAUCGGAGGACGAAUAUCGUCAGGAAGAUACGCGAAAGCCAGUGAAGGAAGAAUUCCCAGCGCAGUGUGGGCGUUUUAAGGGAUGCGCGGGUCAUGCGUACAGCGACAAAGAACACAGUUCAAGAGAUUUCGAUUAUUUUGAGAAGAUAAGAACAUCAAGCAUCGCUGCUCUCCGACGAAGAGCAAAGGAACACGAAGUACUUCUCACGUCACAGAACUCUGUGAUUUGAGACUAAUGAGGAUCAUUAGAGAUCAUGAUCAGCGAUUCUUCGUUUGACACAUUGAACAACAUAGCAUAAAUGAACCAGUCUUUGACAGUGACUGAUCGUGUUGGCGAGUUCUGGGUACAUAACAAGUGUAAAUACUAGCUCCGUCAGUCGAUGCACAUUUUCCGGAUGUCAUCUCUAAAGAACACAUUUCAGUUUUAAAAUACAGUAAUGAUAGGUCACUGUGCCAAAUAUUGAUGAAUCAAGAUCUAAUGUCGCUCGUUUCUGCCAAAAGCGAAACAGUAGUAGCUGUCAGUGCGCUUUGUUUGAUGACAGAGUAACUAAACAAAUGUUAACUCAACUCAAUAACCUAAUCUGUAGUUGUCGACCAAAACACGUCGAAAAAAGAUGAACGCUCUCACGCCUCCGGGCUUUUAGUAAAAACUGAAGUUAGUGAAGUUUCCAGCCAGUUGUACAGUAACCGCUGUUUUUGGCCACUAAAUUUCAACACCGGUCAAGAUUUUCCGGUAAGAUCCCUAAAUCAGAGUUCAAGCAAGAUAUUAAAAUCAGAAAGUCUCGAUGUCAGAACGAACCGGUAGUACAGUAGGCAGAAAAAUAACUCUGCCGGUCAGGAGGGCCUUAUUUUGGGCAAAAGUCUUUAAUCUAGUCUGUACAAAGUAAUUAUCUCAAUUUUGAUUCAGAUACGUUUGGCAGAUCCUAAUUGAAUGUAACAAACAUUAGAUAGAUAUCUGGAGUUUAUAGUAUUGUUGUUAAAAUAUUACUUGAAACUCAGGUUGUAAAACUAUAAACAUUGAAUUAAAACUCUGUAAUAAUUCGGUCGUCUCGACCCAGUAUUGAAA